AUGCCUCAGGAACCGCGGGUGAGAAUGCAUCCCUCGGCUCAUGACUGCGAGGUGUCAGGAUCUGGCGGUCCGGCCCCCGAGAGCCAGCAGUACUAUGACGAGCCCAAGGGUGGCCGUCUGGUCAAACAUGAGUCUCCUUCGAACCCGUCUCCCAAGCAUGUGGCCUUUGAGCUGCUGCUUGACGAGUCCUCGAAGAUGCGAGCUCGCAUUCCGAUGAGAGUCCAGAUCUACCCCCAUGACACUACAGACUCUAUUGUCACUACGGUCAAAAAUUUCUAUGGCAUCUACGAAGGCACCGCCAGCGGCGUUAGCUUUGAGGACCAGGACGGCAACACACUCAUUGCUCGCUACGAGAACCUCAAAAACAGCAUGACCGUCUAUGUCCGAGUGAUACCGAACCAUCAUUACCCUGAACAGCACUCACCACCAUCAUACUAUGCCGUCUCUCCCAUGGACAACUACUCUCGACCUACUCUCGGCGAACCGUUCUCUAUGCCACCUCCCCAGGGCAACCAGGUAGUCAACUAUGGCCAAUCGGUUUCCCGUCCUACCUCGCGCGCUGCUGCUGGAAAGCGAAGCGUCUCCCCUCCUGCCCGAGGUCGCCGAAGCGCCUCCAGGCAGAAAUCCUCUCGAGCAGGUGUCAAGAGCCGUGGCUCAAGCAGUCAUGGAAGCUUCCACGACGACUCACAUAUGCCUUGCAGCGAUAGUGAUGGCGGCCAUAGCUCAGUAAACGGCACAAGACGGCCCAAGAGUGAGCAUUUUGGCAGUGCUGAUAUCAGCAUGGACAACAUCCUCCAGGAUGGCAGAAGGAAGCGCCCGAAGUUUGAGAGUUCCGAACUUCCCUUGUUUGCUCCUCCUCAAGUGCCUCGGACGACUUCGGCAUCUUCCAUCUCCCCCCAGCGACGCUCCCUUGCACCCGAUGCCUCGCCUUUCGCAAGGCCCAACCAGAACGCUUUCAGCGGCUACCAGGCGCUUGCAUCUCCUCAAGGCUUUGGUAGCCAUGAGAAACUGCAUUCUCUUCAGAAUGGAAACGGGAAUAACCCAUAUGCGACCCCAACCGUACCACAUCAUGGCCACAGGCUACGGAAUCGUGCCAACUCCAACACAGCGGUACACUACGCCACCCCAGUGAACGGCCAUGGUAUCUUGCCUACUCCUGACCCAACCAUUGCCAGCUGCAUCUCGGACGAAGACGUUGCGAUGCAGCUCAUCAGGCUUGGAGACACGUCUAACUUCUCCCACGGCCGCAACUCCACCUCAACCGUUGACGAUGCAUUCAGCGGCAUCGCGGACGCUGCCUCGUCCACUGGUGCAACCACAGACAUAUCUGAUGUUAGUGGUGAUGAAACCGAUCUUCCUACCAAGAUGAGAGAGCGUCGUGCCUCAAGCAGCUCUCUCCCAGCGUUGUCGAAGAAGCACAAGACAUUGGACGAGAUUCUUCCUAGCUGUGAAAGCAGCGAUCCUGCCAGCGAUGAUAUUGAUGGCGAAUAUCAAAACUUCGCUUCUCAGGAUAACAUCAAGAGCGAGUAUGAUGAUGAUCCAUCAUAUGAGGCACAGUCUUCUCGAGCUAAGCGUGCAAGGAAGUCAGCCAGUGCAACCACUGCAUCAACCACGACCAAGAGCAGUGGAGCAAAGCAGGCCUCUACGGCUAAAGGAGGUCGCAAUGCAAAGCACCGCUCUGCCCCUGCUUCUCGCAAGGGUAAGCAGGCCCCAACUAGCUCUGCCAAACCAGUGCCGCCACCACUACUCCCAGCCACGGCGCAGCAGGGAGGAGGAGUCAACUUCCACAACCAGCUGGCUGCUGAUGAAGAGGAUCUCUCGACAAAGCCACGCUGUCAGAGAUGCCGAAAGAGCAAGAAGGGCUGUGACCGCCAGCGCCCCUGUCAGAGAUGCAAGGAUGCCGGUAUCGGCAUCGAGGGAUGCAUCAGCGAGGACGAGAAUAACGGUCGCAAGGGCCGAUACGGGCGCCAUAUGGGUGUCUCCGUCAAGAAGGACCCUUCUGCCAUCGUUGCGAAGGCCCAAGAGGCGCAGGACACUGCCGUCCAAACUCCCACUUCGUCUUCCGCCACAGCGGCCCCGGACAAGAGCAAGAAGCGGAAGCGCUGA